AUGGGAACUCGAGCGAGCGCUGAGAAAAUGAGCAACAUUCCCCUUUCUCGCUCCGAGGUGUUCGGGGAGCUGAGGAAGGAGCUGCACAAUGAUCACGAGUUCCGAAAAUCCGACGCUCAUAUAUUUAUCAUCAUGGGAGCCUCGGGUGACCUGGCCAAGAAGAAAAUCUACCCAACACUGUGGUGGUUGUUCAGAGACGGUCUUCUCCCAGAGAAAACAUUUUUUAUUGGCUUUGCUCGUUCUGACCUGACAGUUGAUGCUAUCAGGGCUUCGUGCAUGCCAUACCUCAAGGUGACAGACUCAGAAGCAGAUCGUUUGUCUGUCUUCUUUAGCAGGAACUCUUAUAUAUGUGGAAAAUAUGCCGAUGGGGAUUCCUUUGCCAAUCUCAAUAAACACAUCCUAACACUCCCUGAAGGAUCAGAAGCAAAUAGGCUCUUCUACCUGGCCCUGCCACCCACAGUUUACCACAAUGUUACCCAGAAUAUAAAACAUCACUGUAUGAGCGAAAAAGGCUGGACCAGAGUGAUUGUCGAGAAGCCGUUUGGACAUGACCUUCAGAGCUCUGAAGAGUUGUCUGCUCACCUCUCGUCCCUCUUCACUGAAGACCAAAUCUACCGUAUUGAUCACUAUCUAGGCAAAGAAAUGGUGCAAAACCUUAUGGUGCUCAGAUUUGGGAACCGCAUCUUUGGACCAAUUUGGAAUAGGGACAGCGUGGCCUGUGUGGUCCUCACAUUUAAGGAACCAUUUGGCACUCAGGGAAGAGGAGGCUACUUUGAUGACUUUGGAAUAAUCCGAGAUGUCAUGCAGAACCAUCUGCUCCAGUUGCUGUCUCUGGUUGCCAUGGAGAAACCAGCCUCCACUAGUUCUGAUGAUGUCAGAGAUGAAAAGGUCAAAGUGCUGAAAUGCAUCAAUCCGGUGUUAAUGUCAGAUGUGGUGCUGGGUCAAUAUGUGGGUGACCCAGAAGGGGAAGGCGAUGCCAAAUUGGGUUACCUUGAUGAUCCCACAGUUCCUAAAGGAUCCACUCAGUCCACAUUUGCCACAGCAGUGCUGUACGUGCACAAUGAGCGCUGGGAUGGCGUUCCUUUCAUCCUCCGCUGUGGAAAAGCUCUAAAUGAGAGGAAGGCCGAGGUGCGGCUGCAAUUCACAGACGUCCCCGGGGACAUUUUCGGAAAUCAGUGUCGCCGAAAUGAGCUGGUGGUUCGUGUGCAACCCAAUGAAGCCGUUUACGCCAAGAUGAUGAGCAAGAAACCAGGCGUGUACUUCUGCCCCGAGGAAACGGAGCUGGAUCUCACCUACAAGAGCAGAUAUAAGGAUGUAAAGCUACCAGAUGCCUAUGAACGUCUCAUUCUGGACGUUUUCUGUGGGAGUCAGAUGCACUUUGUACGCAGUGAUGAAUUAAAAGAAGCCUGGAGGAUCUUCACUCCACUCCUUCACCAAAUAGACAAUGAGAAGCCAAAGCCUAUUCCUUACAAAUACGGAAGCCGGGGUCCAACAGAAGCAGAUGACCUUGCAAAGAGAGUCGGAUUCCGCUAUGAAGGCACCUACAAAUGGGUGAACCCCAAUAAACUUUAG